GCAUAUGUUUGAUUACUGUCUGAGGCAUACGUUUUUUUAGGAGCAUCAGCAGCGUUUAACUGAAGGAUCAUGGCAGAGCCAUGAGAAUGUGAAUUUAUUUUUCACAGACCUGAACAAAGACAAAAUUGUUUUGUACUUUCUGACUCGUCUGAAUAGGAAUCAUGGAGCAUCUCACUCAAGCACAAUGGCGGGAGAUUAUGAACAAAAAGAUGCACUUCCCGCCAACUCUAAUCGGUGCAAUUCAAGAUGGGAAUGCCGACCAGGCCUCCAAGCUGUUGCAGCCAAACGACGGUAUCUUGCGCCAGCUGGAUGACUCAGAAGAUCGGCAGUGGCGUGAAGCUUUAAAUCUUGCUAUCCGUUUGGGCAAUGAAGAAAUGUUUGACCUUCUGGUGCGUUGUGUCAAAUUUGAUUUCCGCCAAAUCCAUGAGGCCCUACUGGUGGCUGUGGACACUAACCAGCCUCGAGUAGUAAAGCGCCUUUUAGAUCGUCUGGAUCAGGAGAAGGGCAACAACAAAGUUGACAUCCGCUCAUUUUCACUGGCCUUCUUUGACCAAUCUAUUGAUAAUUCUCAUUUUGCCCCUGGUGUAACUCCACUCACAUUAGCCUGUCAGAAAGACCUUUACCAGAUUGUGGAAAUGCUGACCAAGAAAGGCCACAGUAUUCCCCGGCCUCACAAGAUCUCAUGCUCAUGCCUGGAGUGCCGCAAUGGUCGCCAAUAUGACUUGCUCAAGUUCUCACUGUCCAGAAUCAAUACCUACAGAGGCAUUGCCAGCCGUGCCUAUCUCUCUAUUGCCAGUGAGGAUUCCAUGCUAAGUGCCUUUCGACUCAGCAGAGAACUCAAAAGGCUGUCCAAGAAGGAACCUGAAUUUAAGCCACAGUACCUGGAACUGGAAAACCUUUGUCAAGAAUUUGCUGUGGAACUCUUAGGAAUGUGCCGCAAUCAAAGUGAAGUGACAACUGUUCUCAACAACUGUGGUGAGGAUAACGAUGAAGAGAUGGAUGAGCAUGGAUUUGACGAAGGCAUUCCAAACUUGGCACGGCUGAGAUUGGCAGUCACCCUAAACCAGAAACAGUUUGUGGCUCACCCCAUCUGCCAGCAAGUUCUGUCCUCUAUCUGGUGUGGCAAUCUGUCAGGGUGGCGUGGAAGCCACACCCUGUGGAAGCUGCUAGUUUCCGUGGGAAUUUUCAUUACGAUGCCUUUUCUCUGUCUGAUCUACUGGAUUGCACCCAAAUCCAAGGUUGGACAAAUCUUAAAAAUACCGGUAAUAAAAUUUCUGCUCCACUCAGCCUCCUACCUUUGGUUUCUUGUUAUUUUGCUUUUGGAAUCCAUCAUUAUGGAGAAAAAUCAAAGUACCUUUUCAACACGUGAUGAAGCCAUUUUGAAGAACUCUUUCCACAUGAUUUGGGUGUUGGGAUUUUUCUGGUUUGAAUGCAAGGAGGUGUGGAUUGAGGGUUUACGCAGCUACCUCUUUGACUGGUGGAAUUUCUUGGACAUAAUGACCCUCAGUAUGUACGUGGCAUCAUUCACUUUACGUGUCCUAGUCGUCCUCAAAGGAUAUUUCUUCUGCCAUGAUAAGAACACUGAACUUGAGUGCAAUUACUUCACUAAACUUGACCGACAAGAUUGGCGAACUGAAGACCCUCAGUUUAUUGCAGAGGUGCUUUUCGCUGUGACAAGCAUGCUGAGCUUCACACGACUGGCAUAUAUUUUGCCAGCACAUGAAUCUCUUGGAACAAUGCAAAUUUCUAUUGGAAAGAUGAUUGAUGACAUGAUGAGGUGA